GAGAUCUAAGAAAAUGGAAUUGAAAUGAAUAUAAUUUUGUUUGAAAAUCCCAAUUUAACUUUAUUUGUUAAUAAUUUUUUUUGCAGUGCUGAAGAUGUUGUGACUGUCGAUGUAUAUACAGCCAAAGGUGUUCUUAGCAUAGGUCAUCGUUAUUUGGACGUCAGAACCGUUGAGGAAUUUAUUAAGAGUCAUGUUGAAGGCGCCUUGAACGUUCCUUACAUGUUCAUCACCCAAGAAGGUAAAGUGAAAAAUCCUGAAUUUCUGACCCAAGUUUCGGCAGUUUUCAAGAAGGAUGACCAUUUAGUUGUGGGUUGCAAUAGUGGGGGCAGAUCACUUCGGGCAUGUGUGGAGUUGCUUAAUGAUGGUUAUGAGCACGUGAACAACAUGGAAGGGGGUUACUCCAAAUGGGUGGAUAGUGGACUUGCAGGUGACAAACCAGGAGAAGAGUUAAAAACAGCAUGCAAAUUCCGCCCCUAAAUUGCUCCUUUGGAGCCAACUAAUGCUAAUAAUAAUUAUUUAUAAUUGAGCAUUAGUUAUCAUUUAGUACUCUCCAUUUGGUUUUUGAUUUCAACUUUGUAAUAAUUAUCAGGUACCCUAUGUUCAUCUAAUGAAUGGGUCUGCAUUUCCUGGAAUUCUAUAUUAUUUGAAUUUAAAAUAUACAUAUAUUA